AUGACUUAUGGUAUUGCAAAACCCGCAACAUUCUUCCUCUUGUUUGUAAACCUCGUGCUUUAUUUGAUCAUAAUAAUAAUUGCUUCUUGGGCUGUCAACCAUGGAAUUGAAGAAACCCAUGGACAAGCAUCUGUUUUGAGUAUUCCAGCAAGAAUAUUUCCAAUAUACUACCCAAUUGGAAACAUGGCAACGGGCUAUGUGGUUAUCUUGUCUCUCUUAGCCGGGGUUGUGGGUUUUACAACAUCGGUCACGGGAUUAAGUAAUGCGGCACAAUGGGAUUCUUCCAAUCUAUACACCGCUUCAACGUUUUCUAUAAUAGCUUGGUCAUUCACCCUGCUUGCCAUGGGAUUUGCUUGUAAAGAGAUUGAUGUUGGUUGGGGCGGUUCUGCAUUGCGUGCACUUGAGGUCUUCUUGAUUAUUGUUAGCGGGGCACAGUUAUUCAGCAUGAUUGCGAUUCAUUUUGGUAUCGAAGAACUUUCAAGGUACGCAGGGGGACGAGUCUAA